AUGGGCCGGGCUAACAAUCCGUGCAAAUUAACACAUUCUGACAAGCCAUAUAUGAAGAAGCCUUGCAUUUGUGAAGUUUGCACUUGCGGGCGUCACCAGUGCCCUCACCAGGUGAAACAACGGGUGACCUGGGGGCCAUGUGUAAUGUCGGAGUAUAGUGCGAACUACCGGCCGCAUUGCUUUGAUCUGCGGAAGGCGUUCGUACCCGAGACAGGGUUCCCUUGUUUCGACGAGCCCUUGUCAGACCAGACCACCCACCGCACUGACUAUAAGCCACAACCAUUAUGCCUGCCGUGGCGCCACGAGAAAGAGGGCUACAAGCCGACCUUAGCACCUCUCGACAGCACAACUAACUACCGCCUCGACUACACCCCCAAAAAAGCCUGUCCCACUGAACCCUGUCUUCCCCUCCCCGUGUGCUCGUGCCCCGGAAAUUUCGAUGGCAGUCCUACGUAUCGGAGCGACUAUAGACCAUGGAAUUUGCCACCUCUGGAGCGUUGCAGAGGAAAGCCCUAUAAGCCACCAGAUGCGCCAUUCGAGGGUCUACCGACCUAUCGCACCGACUACGUCCCCAAGUGCGAAGCUAGACGGUCCAAUUUCAAGCCCAAAUCGGAACUUGCCGUGCCGGAUUCGCCUCUCAAUACGGUGACGAAUUACCGCUCGGACUACGUGCCACACCCACUGCAACCUCGUUCACCGAAGGAAAAGGAGCUUCCCUUCAAAUCGCAAGUUCCUUUCAAUGGCCUCACCACGUUCCAAUCCGACUACACACCAAAGAAAUUUUGCCUUCAACAACCGUUCAAGCCAUUGGAGAGCCUGCCCAGUAGCACGGAUCCAAUGAGCCAGAGUACAACUCAUCGUGUGGACUAUACACCCCAUGCACUGUGUCCACCCUACAGACACCCACGUGAAGAAUACAAGAAGCCCGAGGAACCCAUGGAAAAGGGGACAACCUAUCAAAACGAUUAUCCUGUUCUGCCAUUGUGCAAACCGGAACCAAUGAUGCUGCUCGAAUGUCCGAAGUGCCCGGGGCCCUUUGAUGGAACCACAGUCUAUUGUACUGAAUUCAAACACUGGAAUGUGCGCAAACGAGUUGUCAAACCAGCACACCCCUACUGUCCGCCCGAUGUGCCGAUGGAAACGCUUUCUACGAAUAAGGCGGACUUCGGGCCGAAGCUUGCGUGCAAAGUCGAAUUGCUCAAGCCCGCAGCGGAACCCCUGCGUAGUGGCCCAUUUGAUGGCCAAACUAACUACAGGAUUGAAUACACACCCAAAUCGGUGGAGUGUCACUGCCCUGCAGCUUACCUAAGCAGGAACAAAGUUAGCCCCGACGGAUACACCUUUGAGGCUGUCGAUCCCUGCGGUCAUGAGCACUACAAACUGAUGGAGAACCAAAUCAAGGCCUAA